UCACCAUUUUCCUAAAUUUAUGAUUCUUGUUAUUUCUCUUACUUUUUUUAAAAUCUCAAUCAAUUAUACAGAUUUUAUUUUAUUGUUUCUGAGUUCAAUCAAACUCGAGAAGACUAGUAUACAAUUAGAGUAAUUAAAAAACAGACGACAAAGACCAUUUUACGGCUUAUCUACACAGUAGACACCUAUUUUAAUCAUCCGAUACGUAUUGCAUGAAUUCCAGGUCGGAUUCAAGACCCGCCAUAGUUUCCGGUGCCAAUACCACCUCCAAAUCUACCGUCCCAUCCCCAUCGCGACCUGGGAAGGCCGAAAUCUUUCCGCAGAAUUUAUUCGCCCUUCCGCUCCGAACAGCGACGGGUUUGCCCCACCCGAAAUCGUUGUCGUACAUCGGGAAUCUCGGCGAGCUCCCCAUCGUAAGCAUGGCACCGUCAGGAUUCCCUAACGGAAAAGUGCGUGGGUCUCUUUCCCAUUCCUCAACGUACUUUCGAACCAUAGCAUCGUUGUGGGCUUUCACGUUAACGUUCAGUUGCUCGGCGCACCACCGGAGAUCGUGAGAGAGGACGUCGCCGGCGGUGGCGUAAGUUGGUAUGCUCUGUAUCGCAUUGCCAAAGUAGAGAGGGUCCAUCUUCGGCUCAAGCCGCUGGCGGCAGUUUACGGCCAUACGAAACGUCGUCUUUUUUGUAUCUGGGAGAUUCCGCGCACGCGUUACCGCACGCCACAGCAAAGCGCAUAGCGACUGAAACGAUGAGAUCUCAUCUUUUUGACUGUUAGUCAAUGUAACGGCGCUGACCAUGCAGUUUAACGGCGUAAUCUUGCCGUUUGCAGUAUUCAAAGGAUCGUUACUCUGUUUUCCCAUUAACUCGACGGCGUUCUGUUUCUGGGUGUUGGUCUUUGCUUUGAGCUUCCUCAUGGAUUCUCUGCUGAAGCUGAAAAUCCUCUCCCUUAACGGCGCGUCGACGUCGAAGGUAACUUUUGGCCCACCGGCGGGAAUUUUCAAAACCGCCGGAGACAUAAAAACUGAGUCCCGGCGAAAAUCCGGCGGCCUCGAAAUCCCCUCAACGCCCCUGGCCACCUCCGCGAAAGUAUUGAAGAAAUUCCAAAAAGAUGUACCGUCAGCGACGGCGUGAUUCACCGCGCACCCAAUGAACACGCCGUCAGCUAGCUCCGUCACCUGAACGGCAAGAAUUGGAAGAAAAUGCCCCUGGUAACUAACAGUGAGGUCAAACGGAAACAGCUCCUUCACCUCAUCCGGAACAUCCACACCACCAACGACGUCACGGACGGAAACGGAUCCGGCUGUGGCGUGGACGAAAUCGGCGCCGGCGUCGUUACAGUUAACAUAAACGUGUCUGUCUUGGUCGGUGAUGAGCCGGCCGGCGAGGGGUGGAAAAUGGGCGAGAGUCCGGGAGAGGCUCCGCUUGAGCAAGGAGAUGAGAUGGGCGAAGGAAAAGGGCGGGAGAGUGAAGAGGGUGCCUUUCUGGAUGUAGUGUGUGGAGAGCAUGGGCAGAUCGGAAACGGAAAGUUUGAGGUCCGGUAGAGUGGAUUUGGCCGCCGGGAUGACAGUGCAUUUUGAAAGCAGAGCAGCGGACGACGUGAGGCAGGGCAUUGUUUCAGAUGUUUUUGUUCGCAGUUGGGAGAUGUAAAUGUUGAUGAG